GAACUGCGCUCGGGCCUGGCCCAGAGUGGGACUCUUCGGUGGCCCAGAGCUGGUCACUGGGGAGCCGUCCUCCUGCCCCGGACCCACUGGUACGGAUGUGUCGCUGCCCCCUGGAGCACCAUGACGGCAGGAUGACCUCAGCGGAGGCAGUGGUUAGUGGUGCUCGGGCGGCUGGGUCCCCUGAGUGGCCGCCCGACACCCGGCAGGCCCUCGGGCGGCCUGGCCGGGUCCGGGUGGCCGUGGCAGCUCUGGUGUGGCUGCUGGCAGGGGCCAGCAUGUCGAGCCUCAACAAGUGGAUCUUCACUGUGCAUGGCUUCGGACGGCCCCUGCUGCUCUCCGCCCUACACAUGCUGGCAGCAGCCUUGGCGUGCCGCUGGGGGGCACAGCGCCCCAUGCCCCGCCGCACUCGCCUCCAAGUGCUGCUGCUCAGCCUCACCUUCGGCACCUCGAUGGCUUGUGGCAACGUGGGCCUGAGCGCUGUGCCCCUGGACCUGGCACAGCUGGCCACCACUACCACGCCACUGAUCACGCUGGCCCUGUCCGCGCUGCUGCUUGGCCGUCGCCACCACCCACUGCAAUUUGCCGCCAUGGGCCCACUCUGCCUGGGGGCCGCCUGCAGCCUGGCCGGGGAGCUCCGGACACCGCCUGCUGGCUGUGGCUUCCUGCUGGCUGCCACCUGCCUCCGCGGCCUCAAGUCCAUCCAGCAGAGUGCCCUGUUGCAGGAGGAGAGUCUGGACGCGGUGACCCUGCUGUAUGCCACCUCGCUGCCCAGCUUCUGCCUGCUGGCGGGUGCAGCCCUGGUACUGGAGGCCGGCGUAGCCCCGCCGCCCGCCCCCACCAGCUCCCAGCUCUGGGCCUGCGUCCUGCUCAGCUGCCUGCUGUCCGUGCUCUACAACUUGGCCAGCUUCUCCCUGCUGGCUCUCACCUCCGCCCUCACCGUCCACGUCCUGGGCAACCUCACUGUCGUGGGCAACCUCAUCCUGUCGCGACUCCUGUUUGGCAGCCGCCUCAGUGCCCUCAGCUACAUGGGCAUUGCACUCACCCUUUCAGGAAUGUUCCUUUACCACAACUGCGAGUUUGUGGCCUCCUGGGCUGCCCGCCGGGGCUUCUGGAGGAGGGGCCGGACUGGCAAAGGUCUUUGAGACCUAGGGGA